AAAAAGCUCUUCAUUGUUUGGUAGCGUUGCGUUUUCUAGGGCUAGUACACAAGCCGCAUCAAAUCCAGCAUGAUCUUUAUAUAYGCGUUGUGCUUCAUCAACGCUCUYUUAGCUUCCACUGCCAUUAUCGUCAAUGCUGUAGUGUUCUUUGCUAUAGUYUCAACUCCACAUCUUCACAAGCCUUCCAAUAUUCUUCUGUGCAGUCUCACAGUGUCAGACUUUGGCGUUGGCUCCAUUGUGCAGCCAGUUUUUAUAUUCUAUCUAUUGGGUUAUCGAARGCUUCUUCUAARUGCAUUUGGACUCUCAGCGGUYUUCUUCACGGGUGUGUCUUUCGUCACCAUGACACUCCUCGCAAUUGAUCGCGUCCUUGCUCUACAGCUUCACCUGCGUUAUAACGUUAUGGUGACAGUAAAAAGAACUCUGCUUCUCCUCGCGAUGAUUUGGAUAAACUCUUCGUUAUUACUGGUACAGUUCCAGAAAGGAAAUUAUUUCGUCUCGACGGGAAUAAUUGUURUAUGUUCAAUCAAAGGCUGCACGAUAACAUCGAUAUGUUACUUCAAAAUUAUUCGCACAGUCCGACGACAUAAACGGCAAAUUCAAACCCAAAUGCAGGUGUUCAAUAUCCCYGUCAUUAAACAAAAUCGUUCUCUCAUCACUAUGUUUAUAAUUCAUGCGAUUUUCGUUGCUUGUCUCCUGCCUUUGGUCGUCACAUUGUUGCAUAUAAGUUUCACGAGCGACGACCAAGUAAAGGAUGUUUAUUCUUCAAGCAAUAUUUUUUGGGCGUCGACGCUCGUCUUAAUGAACUCGAGCGUCAAUCCGUGUGUUUAUCUCUCGAGGAURAGAGGCUUAAGAUGCGCUGUGAAGAAGCUUCUUGACAAGUUUUAAAGGUUUUGAAAUGAACUGCACAUAAUAAUAGCUACCAGACAUACUUCUUGGGUAACAUCGUUGCUUUCUGUAAAAGAUAAACAUCGUCGCUACAGUUAUCUUUUUUUAAAUCUGGAACUGGUAUU